CUAUCAUACCUGCUAGUUAUAGCUAACUGUUUAACUUCAAUGGCGAAAAGUACGCUCGAAAGAAACUCGAAGUAAUGAUGUACGUUCAGUUAAUGUUAAAAGUGAUAGGAAGCAGAAAUAAUCUGAGAAUACUAGUCCUCCUCCUCUUUUCUUCCGCUAUUCCCCACGCGCUUUCCACAAUAAUUACAUAAGUACUCUUCCCUUUAUAUACAUGUGCAAUUUCAACCCCUAGGUUUAAACACAAGGAUCUUCAUCAGCCCAGCUAAAAAAAUUUCUUAACAGGUCGUGGAUUUGGAGAACCCCAUUUCCUAAUGGGGUAUCAAAUCUCGUUUUGUUUUCUAUAGUGUUUGCUGAUAUGAGCUGGGUUAUUUUUGAAUAUCAAACGGUUCAACAGCUAAAGGCAAAGUUUGGUCAAUUCAAGUAAGAUAUUUAUUUAUUACUUUUAGGUCUGACUGAAGUGUGAAAUUGCCAUUUACUAUUUGAGACUUCUGUUAUUUGAGUGGAGGAGAUGUGAUAUGAGGAUAAUUUUAUAGGGAAGGGAAAGCAUGGGUGGUCGGACAAGUUUUGAUGUGUGCUUUUGCUUGGGUUUUGAUCUGAAUCUGAAUACUUUUUCAAGGUUGGAUGUGAAGUCCUUGGGCAGAUGUAUUGCUGUGUCAAAGGAGUGGAAAGAGGUUGCCGUGUCGGAUGCUUUGUGGGAGAAACACACAAGAGAAUUGUGGGAAGGGAAGGUUUAUAUUGAUCCAAAAGCUCUCCGGCCUAGUCUUCGUCCAGUAGAGGCUUUUGCUAUUUCUAUAAGGGAAAGCCGCCGGACAAGGUUGACUAUGGAGGAGAUUUGCAGUUUCACCUGGACAGUGCAUUUCAAAUCCAAUGCACCAGCAUAUUGGCUAUCGAUGGAUCCAAUUUAUAAUGGACUGCCUCCAAUGCAACGGUUUUUUCAUCCUGACGGUUAUGUAAACCCAGGAUCCAAUGACCCCGUUUGGGGAGGCCAUGAAUGCAAUUGGAAGUUUGUAAAUGUGGGAGGAGAACGAGUGAAUGUGCGAAUAAACAGCUGGCUCAGCUUGCAGGUUGAGCGCACACCAAAAUGGGGAUGGACUAUGAACAAUUUACUGGUUACUUAUAGCACGCCAAAUUGUUUCCCGGUGGGUUCCCCAUCUGAGAGUCACGGAUGCCAACAAUCCGGCACUUCAAUCUGCCACUACCCAAAGAGUCGGAAAGAAUGACAAAUAAGCAGGAUUUUGAAUUGUGCUUCGCCACCCGGUUUUAUAACUGAUGCGAGAUGUCGUAUAUAUGAGAGUCAUUGUAUUCAGUUUUGUUUCCCUUUAAUCCGGUGAUCGUUUGAUUGUGUAUCAAAGUGAGCUUGCUUUGACGGUUACAGACGUUCAUUGAGAAGAGUUGAGAUUUCCAUGAUCUUCUACGGUUAUAUAGAUUAUUUGUAGUUGCGUGCCCUUCUUUGGUUUCUAUGGCGGUUUAUAUAAGGACUCAGAUUUCUUUUUGAGUUGGCACUGUUAAAACGGAUUCUCCGAAGAACAGGAUGAAGGUGCAUGAACCUUAAUACUGAAAUCAUAUUUUAUUCGGAAGAAACUGUAAUAUCAUUUACGCUUCUCAAUCUGCGAAUAACGGGAUGAAUGUGCAUGAAUCUCAUUUACUGUAAUAUCAUUUAUGCUUCUCAAUCUCCGAAUAACGGGAUAAAUGUGCAUGCACCUCAAUUACUUUAAUAUCACUUAUGCUUGUCAAUCUCCGAAUAACGGGAUGAAUGUGCAUGAAUCUCAUUUACUGUAAUAUCAUUUAUGCUUCUCAAUCUCCGAAUAUCGGA